AUGGCAAAUGCCACUUUCCGUCAGACCAUCUCAUCCACGAACAAUGCCAUAACCGUUAUAAGCGAGGAAUACAACAAAGCGCUACUAGAACUGAGACAAGAAAUGGAGCUAAACAGCGAAAAAAUAAAUAAAAUUUUACAGCAUAUUCCAGCCGCAUUUCAGAAGUCCAGUAGAGAAGAUGGAACUUCAAAAAACUCUCGUAAGUGCCCCCGAACAGAUGAUGACGUCGAUCAGACUACUUUUGAUGUAACAGAAGGAACAAAAGACGUGGAUGCAAAUAUUGUGAUACCAUUGGCAACACGUAAGUCCACCGAAAAUAUGUUUUGGCUAUAUUUGUCCGGCUUUAAUCCUAAAGCCACCGAUGAGAACAUACGCGAGUUGGUACAGCGUAACCUGAAUACCGACGCGACUGUCGAAGUGCACAAGCUAGUUCCAAAAGAAACUUGGCUUAAUGGUAAUAUACUUGAUACAGAGCUUACCGACCAGUACAUUGUUUAUCGAUGUGAUCGUAAUAAUUUGACUAGCCAGUAUCUGCGUGGUGGCGGCGUUUUGAUUGGAAUAAAAAAGGGCAUUGAGAGUAGCACAGUGUACGUUCAUGGAGCUGACCGUCUUGAGCAGAUAGCAGUCCGUGCCACAUGCGAGAGCACUGGUUUUGUCAUUUGUGCUAUUUAUUUACCGCCGAAUACUGAUCUUUCUCUAUAUGAGCAACAUGCCUUUUAUGUGAAUGAGCUUUACAAUAAAUUUGGAGACCGUGAUAGGGUUGUAGUCUUAGGCGACUAUAAUUUAUCGUUGUUACGCUGGAGCUUGGAUGAGGAAGUUGGGUGUCUACUGCCGAACAACGCGUCUUCAGAGCAUGAACAUUUAUUAGUGGAAACUAUGAUUGCUUCCGGUUUACAACAAAUUAACUUUUUAACGAACCUGCAUGGAAAACUGCUAGACUUAGCAUUUGUUAGUUGCGCCAAUGAUUGCGAAAUUCUAGCACCACCAUCGCCACUAAUGAAACUAGAUCACCACAAUUUUUCUUUCAUUUUAAAAAUUGAAGUUCCUCAAUGCGUGCACAUGAUUGACGAUGCAGAAAUUUUCUACGAUUUCAAUCGGUGUAAUUUUCGUGAGUUAAGUGCUGAAAUUACACGAAUUAACUGGGUGGAGAUACUGGCGCAUGGCACUUUGGAUGAAACAAUAGAGAAGUUCUAUUAUGAAUUAGAUACAAUUUUUCGAUAUCUCGUGCCUAGAAGAAAACGCAGAUAUCAAUCUAAUAACAAACAACCUUGGUGGAAUGGAGAGCUGCGUAACCUCAGGAAUCGUCUAAGGAAAGCUCGCAAACGAUUUUUCCGGACAAAAAAUCUAGAUGACAAAUUGCUCGUUCGUGAUUUGGAACACCAGUUUGAAUUAUUGAACGCAUCGUGUUUUCGGCUGUACGUCUCACGGAUGGAGAUCAAUUUGAAGGCUGUCCCGAAACAAUUUUGGUCUCAUCUGCGAAAUAAAACUUCUUCCCGUGGAAUUCCUGUCAGUGUCCACUAUCGUCACCAAUCUUCGUCGACAGUUUCGGAUUCAGCCAACCUAUUCUCGUCAUUCUUUCAAAGCGUGCUAAGUAAUAACUCACCGCCUUUGUCAGAAUCGUACCUGAGUAGUUUGCCGACGUAUUCUUUGAGUAUACCUGCUUUUGCUUUUACUGAACGCGAGGUGUACAACAAUCAACGCAUGGUGUUGGAUGUUCUUUACCCAUCAGUAAAGCACAUUAUCUUCACUGAUCAGCAUGGACAAACUUGA